AUGAGUGGCAAUAGUCGACGUUUUUGGGAACGGGCCGGACGUAAUGGACGACAAAACACCUGUCGCUUUCGCUGGUUACUACUUGUUUGCAUCAUGAUAUGUAACUUAUGUAUUUCUCUGAUCAUUUUGUAUUUGCUGUUGGCUGACGUGGUUUUUAUACCACAAACAGCAAUCACGAUGAAAACUACCCGAGCACCACUUACUGCAACUUCCAUGAAACAUUCUAUUAAGUUGAAAAAAUGGACGCGGGUCGCUAAAAUGAAUUAUCCACGACAUGGACAUACAGAAUUGGUGUUGAAAAAUGGAAAUGUGUUAGUCACUGGUGGACUGAAUGCAGAUUAUCCAGUAAAUACUAGUGAAUUCUAUGAUGUGUUCACGAAUACUUGGAUAGCGACAAAGAACAUGCAUUUUGCACGAUGUGGCCACACAAUGUCAUUAUUGUCGAGUGGAGAUGUUUUAGUGGCAGGUGGCUUUAGUUUGGAAGGUGCAUAUUUAGCUACCGCAGAACUGUACAAUCCCUCAACUCAAACUUGGACAAUUGUUGCUGAUAUGAGUGCACCUCGGUAUCGGCAUACAGCGUCUACAUUAGAAGAUGGACAAGUACUACUCAUCGGUGGAUGGAGUGGUUUUAAUGAAUUGGAUUCUGUAGAACUGUAUGAUUCAAACACUAAAAACUGGAAAUUGAUCAACAGUAUGAAGUAUCGACGACAAGCACAUACUGCAACUGUAUUAAAAGACGGAAAGAUUUUGGUUGCUGGCGGAUAUACUGAAUCUACAGAGAUAAAACAUACAGAAUUAUAUGAUCCAUCGCAAAAGAAGUGGACGACCUUAAAGCCUAUGAACGCUGCACGAAGUGAUCAUACUGCAUCUCUAUUAACCGAUGGUAAUGUAUUGGCUGUAGGAGGAUAUGAUGGUACAAGUGAAUUGAACACUGUGGAAUUAUAUGAUAGAUUAAGUCAGGUUUGGACUGUUGUUAAUAAUAUGAAUAAUAAACGAUCCGAGCAUAGUGCAUCUUUACUAGCUAAUGGGCAAGUUUUGGUUGCCGGUGGAUGGAAUGGUCAAAUUGAAUUGCAGACUGUUGAAGCCUAUGAUCCACCAACCAAAAGUUGGGUGCAUCUUGCUAAUAUGACACUGAAGCGAAGGCAGCACACUGCAUCUGUUCUAACAAAUGGAGCACUUCUAAUUGCUGGUGGUGUUAGUCACAAAACUAUUUUAGAUAGAGUGGAACUAUACCAAUAA